AUUGGUAAAAUUAUUAAUGGAAGAAAAAAAAAUUAUGCUUUUAAUCGUCUGAUUGAUUCGAAAGUGAAAACGAUAGUUGAUAAUAUUGGUUACUGAAUUCAAGAUAGACUGCAUUAAAUCGUCAGGAGUACGAAACGAUUAUUUAAGUUGUUUAUGGGAUUAAAAUUUUUUAAAAAAGAUUGAUUUAAAUCGUCUAAAAUGCUACAGUGGAUAUAAAAUUGUGUCACUUGUUUUAUCGUCUGUGAAAUGUGUUGACAAGAUGGUCUUCUAGUUAAAAACGAUUUUCCCGACUAUUUGAAAAUGAGUUAUAUUUCUUUCAAUUGCCUUGUUAUGUGGAUCUAUCAAAUGGGCUGAACUUUUUUGAAGUUAUGGAAAACUUGGCUGUUCUUAUCGAAGUGAAUGCUGUGUUUGUACGCUCUGGUGCAUUGAAGCAAAGAAAUAUGAACUAAGCAAAAACUUUUUUCAUAGUAAAAUUACUAGUCAAUUAGAGAAUUCUAGCUAUACCAAAGAUAAAACCCACUUUAGAAAUAAUUUUUAUUUAUUGAAAAUUGUAUAUUAUUGUAUCUAGUCUCCCAGAAUAUCUUAAUAUAUUAAUUGAAAUCUUUAUAAGUUAAUCGAUCAAAAAAAAAUCGUAAAAUCUUUGAUUAACUACUGAAUUGUCUACCUCAGGAAUUUGUCAUUAAGAACACAAUUUUGCUUGAUUGUGAUUAAACUGUGAUAUUAUAAACUAUUUCAAAAUGAUGCUGGCGCCGAAACCAAAACUAAUCGCUCCUAAGCCACCGAAAGAUUUACCUACGCAGGUGCCACCGCUCACUCCUGGCACAAAUCAGAAGAUGGCACAAGCGCUUAGGGCCAGUUUCAGCAGCUGGGAAAAAGAUCGUGUACAGAAAAAUAUUCCUAAAGAUCCUCGCUUGUGGAAAGAGAUGGAUGUUGCCCAUUGGCUAAAUUGGGCUACUAGAGAGUUCAGUUUGGAGGGAACAUCCUUACCUAAUUUCAAUAUGUCUGGCAAAGAAAUGUGUGCCCUGUCCAAAGAAGCGUUCUUGGCGAGGUCGCCACCAUUUAUGGGAGACAUUCUCUUUGAACAUUUAGAUAUUUUACAAAAAGACGUUGAAAAAGACGACCAUCCCAACCUGGAGAACGUACCUGCCAAUCUCUACGAAUCCGUAUGCAUGCCUGAUUUCAACGAGUUUUUUCAACAAGGGGAAGGCUUCCCUCUCCAAGACAGCAAGAAUAACUCUACAAUGAAUAACGGCAACCAACAACAGUAUAUGGACAAUGGAUACAACCAUGUUGCACAUUCUAUGCAUGGCUUACACGAUGUUAGUCACGAGGACAUGAUACAUUAUGAUGAUAAUCAUGACUAUGGUUUGGAAACUCCAAAUUCUCACGCUCAUUAUAUAGACAGCAGCCCUGAAUUCUACCCUAAUCAACAAUCACUAAAUAUUGGACAAGAUACCAAGUUCCAACCUACAUUUCAUGGAAAGAAUUUUUCGCGAGGUCGAUUCACGCCACAUGACUUAGGUUUGCCUGAUGGUUAUAAUUCUCAUCAUUAUGAUUCAACAUUUCAAACAGUACCAUCAUCCGUACCUCCUUCACCUGACCAAUGGCCUGCUGACCUUAGCCAUGGUACAAACAAUUCUAUUCCCAAUGGUCAUCACAACUCUCAUCAUCACCAAACUCAUCCCGCAUUUGCUACACUGCAAACUAGAGAAUCCCCUUUAUCACAUCUGGGACAUGUGCAAAAUUCAUCGCCUGGCCACGUGCAAGGUCAACAGGGUUGUGAUGUUAAGCCUGUAAUACAAGCCGCUGUUCUUGCUGGAAGUGGUCCUAUUCAACUGUGGCAAUUUCUUCUCGAGCUUCUAACUGACAAAUCUUGCCAAGGCUUCAUAAGUUGGACUGGAGAUGGCUGGGAAUUCAAGCUCACCGACCCGGAUGAAGUGGCGAGGCGCUGGGGCGUUCGCAAAAACAAACCUAAAAUGAACUAUGAAAAACUUAGCCGAGGCCUGAGAUACUACUAUGACAAAAACAUAAUUCACAAAACUGCUGGAAAACGAUACGUCUAUCGCUUCGUGUGUGAUCUCCAGAAUCUACUCGGGUACACGCCAGAAGAACUUCACGCCAUGGUUGAUUUAAAACCCGAGAAGAAAGAUGAUGAAUAAAGAAAGAUACCCACCUUUUUUUUAAAAAAAAAUAUUUGUAUGGAUUUGGGCUGUAAAUGAAUUUAUAUUACGAAAGUUUUGUUACAUAAAUUACCACCGGAGCCCAACGACAAAUCGAUGGCCAACUUUAUUAGAAGCCCCCUUUCUUGAUGUAGUGAUAUUGUAAAGGCUUUGAUUACAUUUGCGUAUGAUAGGCAUUUGUCAAUCUUAUACCUUUCUAGUCUUUUGCAUAAAUCCUUAAUAUCUCUUUUUAAGGUAUUUUCUGCAUAUAUCUUAUAUACUUUGCAUAUAUAAGCAAUCGCUUCAUAUAUAACGUAUAUGAUGUGCUAAAUUACUUUUAAAGUCUACAUUUUACAGAGGUAUUCUUUUUACCUCAUUUUGAUCUCAAAAUAAUUUGUGUGCUAUAUUUUUUUUUAUUUUUGAACAUGCUGCAUGUACCAAAGUAUCUUGGAAAUAAGAUUGCUAGGAUGCUUAAAGGCAAUAUACCUUCAUUUUUUUAAAAAGACAGGUUAGUGACUGAGGGUUGAAAGCGAUUUGAAAUUUUUUCUCUUCCAUUCGGGGCUGAUGUCGAAGUUGGCCAAUCGGACUCGAGUUUAGUGUUCUCCCAGUGAUUUAUGUUAUUGGUAUAUAUCAUGAUUUUAUAGCAUCUGCUAUUAUGCUCUUUUUUUUUUCUUUUCGAAUCCAUGAAUGUUGUUUGUUUACAAAGCUUUUUCCAAAGUGGCUUAUAUAUGAGUAGAUAUUGUUAUGUGUGAUUGCAAACUGACUGCAGUAUUUGUGAUGCUUCAAAUAUGUAAAGGCUAUAUUGUAAAUUACUAUUUGUUGUUUAUCGGUAAUAGUAUUACCCUACACUUCAAUCGAAUUUAAAGCUGCUGUGAGCUAGUUCGAAUACUCGGCUAUUAUAUUAAUUAUUGAAUACAGUUUGUGAACAUUUUUAGUUAGUAUUUUGUAUAUAGGAGAAUCAUUAGAACUUAUGCGUAAUGUUAUGUUCGUAAUUAAAAAAAUCCAUAAUUAACUGGUGUACAUGGUUAUUGGUUGCACCUAUUAUAAGUGUGUAUAAAGUAGCACUUUGCUAAUGCUUUGUUGUCUAAGAAGUGUAUGUUUUGUUUUAUAGUAAUAAAAGUUUGUAACUUUGUUCAUAUUAUUAAUUUGCAUCUUUACGAAGUUAUGAUUCAUAAAUGAAUUUACAAAAAAUCUAAUAGUUAAUAUUCUUGAAGUUUAGGAUUGUAUUUUAUCAAUUUGUGUAAACCUAAAAUCAAAUUCAUAUAAAUUAUAUUGUGAUCCAAAAUAGACUUUUUUCGGUCACAUAUAAAUAAUAUUUAGUGCAGAGUGAUAAAUAAAGGCCAUUCAACUAUAAGUUAUAUAAGAUGGAAAUGGAUUAAUUAUUACAAAAAUAAAAAAUCUAAUGUUUGAAUUCAAAAUGUCAUUUAUGUUGUAAUUUAAAUUUUUUUCAGUUACAUUUAAGUAAUUAGUGCAGAAUGUUAAAUAAGGGUGAUUUAACUGUAAGUUAUUUUUGUUCAAGUUAUAAGAUAAAAUUAAAUUGAAUAUUAUAAAAAAUAAGAUUAAAUAUUAGAAAAAUACACGAUCUAAUCUUGGAAUUCAUAAUGUCAUUUAUAUUGUUAAAAAUAUUAUUUAAAUAAUUUAUAUAUUAAUAAAAUAAUUGUCUUCAGUUACACGUAAAUAAUAUGUUGUGCGAAAAGAUAUUUGUCACAAAUUUUAGUUUUUUUAUUAAUUAUUUUGGCAAAUUUCAUGAAAUAAUUGUAAAAAAUUUUUUUGUAAUUAUUGUGAAUUUUAUGUAUGGAUGAGUGCAUGGUGCUAAAGGAAGUUAUAAGAUAUUAACGCAUAGUAAAAAUAACGUUUUAUUGAGUUUGUACAAAAUGUAGUAAGAAAUUGGAUAUUUUGAGCUAUUUACAUUUGUAUUAUUAUUGCUCAUCAGGUUUUUUUUUUUAAAAAAAAGAAAGCAAUAUAUUUUUAUGCAUAUUUAUUAUUGAAAUUACGUGUUAUACAGAAUAAUUAAACAGCCUCCAUUUCAUCAUUAUUAGUGUUAUGUAUUUUUUGAGAAUAUUAAAUCUUAUCAUUAAAAUCUUUUAUUAAAAUUUUGGUGUAUCGUUGUUUCCGCAUGUGCCUUACCGGUAACUAAACUGCUGUAAGCCAUAACCCCCUAAUCAUGUCCUUUCAUUUAUAUGUGAUGUGCUUUCUGUGUUAAGAUCCGGAAUUCUGUGUUUUCGAGAAUGGUCUUCCAGAGAUGUAUUUUUUAUUUGUCAUCUUGAACGCACAUGUAAGCUCUGGAAAAAUUGAUCCAUCUACUUAUAAAAAUAAAGAUAAUGUGUGACAA